AGAGUAAACCUGAUAAUGUUUAUACUUUAUUUAUUAAUUCUGGCAAAUACAGAAGCGUCUUCAUCCUGCGUUAAACAGGAUUGUGAGUGUAAAGAUUUUAUCAGUAAUGGUUGUGAAAACCCACUUUCAACCUCUGAGGUGCAUGCAGACUCCAUACCGACUUGUUUGACAAACUGUAAGAUUUUCUCCAGCAUAAACCUGUGUGAGUUUGCUCUGUUCCAAGAACCAACUCAGAUUCAUGAAAACUGUUUAGCAAUAGGAGAUGAGGAUGUCGACAUUUUUCUCAAUACAUGUCAAAACCACGGUCAACCUCUUUAUGAUUCAGAAGGAAAUGAAUUAAUGGAGGAUUGUGAUCUGUGUGAAAAUUGUAAAAAUUGUAAACCUUGUGGAGUUCCACUUUCUCAUCAAGUUGGUGUAGACUGUACAAAAUGGAACACUACAGACUAUAUUGCUAGUUUUCCCGAUGUUGAAACUCACAUUGACUGUGCAAACACGUGUAGAAAUUCAGAUAUUGGCGCCAGUUUUAUGGUUUAUGAGCACAAGGAGAGAACCUGUUACUGCUAUGACAAUGGAUACAGACAUUGUGCUACCCAGCUUAUUCCUGUUGGAUUCAAUCAGACUUUAUAGUUAUACAUUUAUCUAUUUAUUUUUAACAAAUAAACUUUUUUAAAUAUUA